AUGGCGAAAAUGGAGGCCAGUGGAUCAGAUGAUGUUGAAAAACUGAAAUCCAAAUUCUUAUCAGCUUGGAAUAAUAUGAAAUACAGUAAGUGGAUCAACAUUUUUAAACCAUUCUUAAAACAAAUGGUCUCUUCAUAUCUAGAAGGCAAUAAAAAAUAUUUGAAAUGGUCACUUUAAGGAACAUCACUGCCAUUAAAAUAUUAUUGGUAAGCUGAUGGUGCUUUGACCAAUAAAAUUCACUGCAGCUCUAAGACGGCCCCUCAGAGCUGUCAAUCAUGCAUCCAGAAUUCCCAGCUACAGCUCCUAUAUCACUUUUUUUUUUUUUUUUUAAUGGUGUUGAUAUAUACAAUAGCUAUCCUACCAUCCACUAAUACUUUAUAGACGUCUGAUAAUGUAAAAGGCCUAUAAGCCGGUAUUAAAUUCUAAAACAUUUCAAAGCAGUUUUAUUUUCAAAAUAUAUUGAUCACUCCAGAAAGUAAAUAAUUUCCUUUAUUAAAAUAGUCACCAUAUGUAUGCUUAUGCUGUCUUGAAUUAAGGCACUUCAUCAGUAAACUGCUUGAUUGAUACUUAAAACUGAUUAUCUGUUGUGUUAGUAUAUUCAAUGUAAUUGUUUAAUCAUUGAUUUAAAUGAAAAUAAAAUGCUGCAUGUUUUUCACAUUGCGGUUUUUUUUGUGUUGCAUUGCUGACAUCUCAUUUCUAUUCAUUCCUUUUGACCACAAGUAAUGAAGGGGACAACUACACAGUGUGUUGUGCGUUUGUUUUUUGUUUUUCUUUUGUGUGUGUUUUAAACUUUAUUUCAUUGUUUAUGUGAAGUUCUUGUCUACUAAAAUCUUGCAUGUGCAGUGAGUGCGUAAUCAGUCAAGUGUGGUCGCUAUUCUGAGAUGGACAUGUUUCCAGUGUAGUUGGUAUUCUGAGAUGGACAUGUUUCCAGUGUAGUUGGUAUUCUGAGAUGGACGUGUUUCCAGUGUAGUUGGUAUUCUGAGAUGGACGUGUUUCCAGUGUAGUUGGUAUUCUGAGAUAGACGUGUUUCCAGUGUAGUUGGUAUUCUGAGAUGGACAUGUUUCCAGUGUAGUUGGUAUUCUGAGAUGGACGUGUUUCCAGUGUAGUUGGUAUUCUGAGAUGGACGUGUUUCCAGUGUAGUUGGUAUUCUGAGAUGGACGUGUUUCCGGUGGAGUCUGUAUUCUGAGAUGGACGGUUUCCGGUGGAGUCUGUAUUCCGGUGGAGUCUGUAUUCUGAGAUGGACGUGUUUCCGGUGGAGUCUGUAUUCGGAGAUGGACGGGUUUCCGGUGGAGUCUGUAUUCGGAGAUGGACGGGUUUCCGGUGGAGUCUGUAUUCGGAGAUGGACGGGUUUCCGGUGGAGUCUGUAGCUUUAUCUAGGAAGGCUAUGUGAGCAACAAAGACUCUGUAUACUGGAAAACACCAACAGAUAAGAGGAUGGAAGUUUACACGCUUCGAUUGUUUGGUUAUAGGGUUAUAUAACAACAACAAAAACUGUAUUUUCAUAAACUGUUUUUGGUUAGAGUAACACUUUAAUUAUAGAUCUCUUUUAGGAACAGAAACUUGCUGAAGUGCUCUGUGGAAGUGUUUUAUUUAUUUAUUUUUAUACUAAAAGUGGACGCUUUCCUUCCUUCUAGUUCAGCUCCAUAGAGCUAUACUCUGGCACGCGCCCAGGGCACUGUCUAUUAAAGACCUUUCCAUUAAGUGUAGUGCAGCUCAUUGAGAAGUUUGUGAUUGGACAGCAUUUCAUGGAGUGUAAUAUGCGCUUCUGGUUGGUACGUAUCCUCAAUGAAAAGCAUUUGAUUGGCAUUCCAUGGCACAGACAUGAAAGUCUUCCUGGAAAUGAAGGGGAGGGCUGUAAACUAGAUCUGAAUCUAUUGCAAGUUAUUUCCUAUACCCGUAAAAAACAUGCAAACAUAAUUACCUGUUUGUUUCUUUUGGGGUGUAUCUACAGACUAUAUAUUUUUGCAAUCUGUUUAUACACAGCCCAAUUCAGUUUUGUAAUUUGGGCUGUUUGCAGUGAUCAGCCUCUGCUGUACUUUCUGUCUGCCUGGUUGACGGGGCUGUUAUAUAGUGUCAGUAUUUUUAAUAAUCCCUGCCUUAAUAAGACAUUCUCAUUUGAGAAUUGUUGCUGGCUACUACAUUAGUUUUGCAAAAGUGUACCAAAAAAAUGUACAAAACAUUCUUUUGUUAAUUAUGGAAAAGUGAUUUUUGACAGAUGGGGGAUUCACCAUCACUUAGUUCUACACAACAGCGCUUAGUGCAGAGGAGCUAUACAAAGUGAUUUGGCAGUUAGUGCAGAGGAGCUAUACAAAGUGAUUUAGCGGUUAGUGCAGAGGAGCUAUACAAAGUGAUUUAGCGGCUAGUGCAGAGGAGCUAUACAAAGUGAUUUAGCGGCUAUUGCAGAGGAGCUAUACAAAGUGAUUUAGCGGCUAUUGCAGAGGAGCUAUACAAAGUGAUUUGGCGGUUAGUGCAGAGGAGCUAUACAAAGUGAUUUGGCGCUUAGUGCAGAGGAGCUAUACAAAGUGAUUUGGCGGUUAGUGCAGAGGAGCUAUACAAAGUGAUUUAGUAGUUAGUGCAGAGGAGCUAUACAAAGUGAUUUGGCAGUUAGUGCAGAGGAGCUAUACAAAGUGAUUUAGCGGUUGGUGCAGAGGAGCUAUACAAAGUGAUUUAGCAGUUAGUGCAGAGGAGCUAUACAAAGUGAUUUAGCAGUUAGUGCAGAGGAGCUAUACAAAGUGAUUUAGCGCUUAGUGCAGAGGAGCUAUACAAAGUGAUUUUUAUUUAAUUACUUUCACUUUUGACGUCUGUAGGUUCUGCUUUACCCUACAUUUUUCAGUUUUGCUCUAUGGAAAUCACAAGCAAACAAACAUUUUGACAUUCAUUUAAUGCAAAUGUAGUCUAUAGAUUGCCUUGCAAAUAAAAUUCCCAUAAUCCUUAGCUGGUGCCUUACUUGUAGGUGAUCCCCGUGUCUGUAUUAUGUUCUGAUGUUACAAACAAUGCCGGCCAUUCAAAGUCUAUAUUUCAAAAUCUUAAAGUGUUUUGUUUUUUCCAUUUUGUUUCACUCAACUUAUUGUCUUUUUUUUUUUUUUUAAAGGCUGGGUUCUUAAAACAAAAACCUAUUUUAGACGGAAUUCUCCUGUCUUUCUUCUCGGCAAAUGCUACCACUUCAAGGGUGAAGGUAAUGAAUUGGCCUAGUGAUUGUUUAAUCCUGUCAGAGUAAUAUCUCGGUGUCACUUCUAUAUUUUUAAAUUAAAAGUAGACGUUAAAUAAUAGUGUAAUAGAUAAAAAAAAAUUUUUUUGGUAUUUUUCUGAUAUCACCCGUCUCCCUUCUUUUCAUUACAGAAUCCAGCGAAUCUUCACCUGAAGGCUCAGACUCUGGCUCCAUAAACAGUGAUGACAACUGGGGGAAUGUAGAAGAGUUUAGGAAAGACUUUAUUUCCAGGAUAUGGCUGACGUACCGCCAAGAAUUCCCCCCAUUAGAAGAAUCCGUGUGGACGACUGACUGCGGUUGGGGUUGUACUUUGAGAACUGGUCAGAUGUUGCUGGCACAAGGAUUACUCCUUCAUUUCCUAGGAAGAGGUUGGUUGACAUUAGUAGGCUUUUUUUUUUUUAUAGAUUUUUAACUUGACACAUUCCCACACAUGCUCCAUUCCAUAUAGAAGUCAGAUAGUGUACCAUCCACUGAAUUCUCUGCACAUCCCUGGGUUUAGUGAGAAACUACCACUAUUACCAACCGCAAACAUUAUCCCAAACUGAGCUGGACAAUUUGAUAGAGAAAUCUUGCAGUUUUUACAUCGCAGCGACCAAACUGGAUUAUAAAUAAAAAGAGCAGACCACCACCAUGGUUACUGGUACUGCUUAGAGCAGUGAUGGGUGACUUGCUUAGAACCAUGGGAUAUGUAGUUUAAUUUUUAAGGAAGAGGGUUGAGAUGGGACACAAAGGUAAAUAUUGGAUUGAUUGAAAUGGAAGGAAUAUCGAAUGGUUUUGCAUUUCACAAGAAUUUGAUGUAGACAUCCCUGUUCAGACAGCUUGCACCCAAAGGUUUAAAGCAGGGGUCCUCAAACUGUGACCUUCUAGAUGUUGCUGAACUACAACUCCCAUGAUUCUGUGAAUUACAUAGAUAGCCAGAUAAUCAUGGGAGUUGUAGUUCAGCAACAUCUGGAGGGCCACAGUUUUUGGACCUCUGGUUUAAAGGAACACUCACAUCCCUUUAACCACUUCUGCUCAUUGAAGUUAUAGGGGAAGCAGUGUCCAGGCUUUGCCUUGCCUUCAAGGGUUAAGCUGUUAUGCAAGUCUGGGCACCUUAUGGGAAAAAAGAGCCCAGGUUCUCCUGUCCCUAUACAAAAUCAAUAUGAUACCGCACUUCACUUAUAUUUGCAAAAAAUAUUUUUAUUGCCACAAAAGAUCAGGUUAGAAGAUAUGAAAAACAAAUUAUAGAAAAUAUAUAAGCACAAAAUGCUGACCAGCAACUCCUGUCCCUGUCCCUAUAAUGUCUUUAAUGAGCUAAAUUUAAAUUCUGAGAUAAUAGGUGUAUGAUUCUGGAAGGUGAAGCAGUCGUAUAUUUACAUUCUGUAACCUAUAAUCUACUAUUUUGAACUUUUUUGUCACACUGUUUUCUUGUAUGCUAUUUCAGACUGGAUCUGGCCAAACUCCGUGGACUUUGUCAAUGCUGACCCUUUCUCUUUGUUUUCAAAUACGUCUCAGAGACUUGCUGCUCCUUUCGAAACCUCUUUGCCUGAAACUAGAGACACUAUCUCAUCUUGCAAGCCAUUAACAAACAAGAAUGUUAAUGUAGAUACUACUGAGUUCUAUCACAGGAAAAUAGUCUCAUGGUUUGCCGACUGCCCAGCGGCGUAUUUUGGUAUCCAUAAAUUAGUUCAACUUGGUAAGAAUUCCGGUAAAGUGGCUGGAGACUGGUAUGGACCAGCGGUGGUCUCUCAUCUCCUGAGGCAAGUGUUCUAA